AUGGAGGGCAUCGACAUUCUAAGUAGCCUAGAAGUGGUGGAUGAUUCAGUCGUCCCCACACAUUCACAGCUCAAGUCAUUGGACGAGGUCGCGACGGUGGCCCUAACCUCCGCGGUGAAGGUAAAUCGCGAUGCCGCCGCUCGUCAGCUUCGAUACCUGAGCACCUAUGAGCAUUGGAAUACGACAAAGGCACUCCUGACCGCAGCCACGGAGUAUCGUUAUUUGCAUUUUAUGGUAUGCAAGGCCGCUCUCUUUCUUGUGAGUAAUGAGAUCGGGCCUGAUGAGCGCCGUGAAGUGCAAUACAUUGUCCUGAAUUAUCUCAAAGUUCUGAGGGAAAAUAGCGAAGCCCUCAGACAUUAUGUUCAGCAUGAAUUGUAUGCUAUUCUUGCUUCGGCUACCUACCUGAAUUGGAAGUUAGACGUCCUGAGCGCGGAGCAAGAAGACCAGGACAGCACCACCACGGCUGCCAACGGCACCGAGGGAGGUGGACCAACGCCGGUUGGUCGUAGUCAAAUCGCCACCAUAUUAGGAUUCUUUCAAGGGUAUUUAACACCGGAAGAGUUUAUGGACUGUUUGCUGGAGCUUAUUCCUUACUUUUCGCAGCAGUGCAUUAAAAUACCUAUCUUUUCGACUCGUAUGUCCUUUGUGGCGUUUGCGUUGCCUUUUUUUUUUGAACAGGCGGGCCAUUUGUUGGACGUGGUAUCAUCUAAAGCGGCGCAAGUGUGCUGUGUGGUGUUAGAAUGCCUAUUUGAGAAUGGUGCCGUUUCAGAGGCAACCCCCAUUACCAUCCGCCAUUACCGUGAAAAUAGCAUUCACCUCUCACGAUGGGAGGAGUGGGCUAAUUCGCUCCCUGUUGUUUUACAAUAUAGCAAAAAUAUGUUGAUUCAUUAUCCAACAAAUGAGGAUGCACUUUUGCACGGUAGACUCCUGCGUCUAUGCUCAACACUAACGUGUUCGGAAGAGUCCUAUACACUUUCGGUGCGUCCAGCAAUAACGCAGGAAAUGAUAUUGCUCUCCUCGGAGCUUUUGAAGGUUUGCCAGGGAAAUAAUGCGCUCAUGGAGCAUCUUCAUUUGGCCUGUGAUAUUCUUAUUAACACCUUUGAGAGGGAUGAACAAGGUGUUUCGGCGUACCUUGUGCAGAAUAUUGAUCUUAUUAGUGCGUGGGCCGAUGCGACACAAUACGUCCUCACCAGAUUUAGUGACGAGGAGGACGAGUUACGUCAGUCACUCAUGCAUUUAUUUUAUUUAUUUGCAGACAAUCUUCUACCACCCCCUCCGCGAGGAAAUCAACAUAAUUUUGAUGAUUUUCUCGAGCAUGCUUGUAUUAUCCACCCGUGUGAAAUAGAGAAUAACGGGCCAAAUGCUUCUCCACCCCUAGCACCAGUGGACUCUAGCAUGACGCUCGAAACCGAUAAAAUAAACCUCCUUUCUAAUGAACAGACAAACUCCGAAGGUAACCAGUACCUGAAGGACUUGGUGUUUUCCAUUUUCACCACCUAUUCCAACUCAGUUAUCAACAAAGCACACCUGAAGGAAGACUCCCAAGAAUUGCGGAUGGAGGUGGGUAUGGUAUUGCAUAAUGAAAAGACCUUGCUGCCCUUGGCGAGUAUGCUUUUCUGUAAGCGAAUAAACUUUCUGGAUUUCUUAGUAGACCAAUUACGACAAGGCAUUGAGGAUUAUCACACACUCGUGUCGAUCCGUGAGGCGCGAUGGUGGAAUAGUGAGAUUGGGAUCAACACCGGGGACGCCGUUUCGCAGCCCUCCGCGUCCAAUAUCCCCACACGGGAGGAGCAAGCGCUCAUGUUAUUGGUUGAGCGUUUUCCAGAUGUCAAAGCGGUGGUAUCUGGAAGCGCCCCAUAUCUUACCCAUAGCUAUGAAAGUAAUAGUAGUGCCCCAAGGGAAGGCUUGGACAUUCUGAAAGGGUUUCCGUCUCGUGAUGCGGUGGAGAUGCUCUUGAUGCGGGUUAUUUUAUCGCAUCUUUCAGUUAUUAUUUCCAUCUUCGCUAUCGCCAUGGCGAAUGAUACCGCCCCGGGGGAUAAUUCCGUCUUGGAGCCUGUCGCGAAGUUUGCGCGUCAACUAUUAACAGGGGACGACAAACUCGUCAACAACCUCCUCCAAUGUCUUUCCAUUUUCGGGACCGACGCCACGGGCAAUCCGACGACCUUUUCAAACGACACCGCAGGCAACCAUAACCACGCCCAGGUGCACUUUGGCAUCCUGCGCGCUCUGUUCUUUUUCUGUAAUUGCCUGUGCGAAUCCUAUUUUCACCGGCGCCCGGAGUUUUUUGAUAUUUCGCUCGAUUUGCUUCGCUUUGUGUACCUUUAUCAUAGUGAUAUAGCAUCUCUCGUGACCGAUGCGAACCUGCUUCUUCGCCGCAUCCUCACAAGCGGCACCGGCGGCAGCGUUUUUCUCGGCUCGGACAAACUUCUUGCCGUGGUUCGGGCCAUCGCACAGGAUGGCAUUCCUUCCUUUCGCGCGGUCCACAAACUCGACCCGGCGAUGCCGCUUUUACCUCGCGAGGUGCGGAGUGGGUUUUAUACCGCCUUUAUGGCUCUUGUUGAGGCGCGCGAGCAGGCGGGGUUUCAUGUGGAAGAUGUCGUAUCCAAAUUAAUCACCCAAAUGAUUUCACCGGAGGGUUUACUUCACAACCCCGCGCAGACUUUUAUCGACCUCACGGCGCUUUCUCGCGGGGUGAAGCGGCCGACUACGCUUUUGGUGAUUCUUGAACGCGUAUUAGAUUAUAAAGAGGCCUUAAUGCAGGUAAUGAACAAGGAUCUCAACUGCGCGACCCUCGUCGUAUGCUGGCUAACAGCGUUAUGUACCCUAGCCCAGCACCUACUGGAGAACGGUCCUAUAGGGGAGAUGCAUUGCUCUCUGAGUAGUUUUGUGAUGCGGAUGUUGAACCACUUUUUCGAUCUCGUGUCCUUUUCAGCCACUUUGGCUCAUCGGGCGAACCUCAACAAAAUAUGCAGCCCUAACGUGGAAGAUUCUGCGAUCCAAUUUAAUUCGAUGAUGCUGUUUGAUUUUGACUCCGAUCGUGUGGAGGCGACCGUGGUGUACGACCUUUCAGACUUUCUCUACUGCAUGUGCUGCGCACCAUGGAGCAAUCUAGGGAUUAUGCAUUACUAUGAACGACACACCGUGGAGAUGUUUUUUACUGGCUCUGUGCAGUUUUUUACUUUUCUUCCGGUGGAUAUGCUCAUGUCGAGCGAAAGAGGGCGAAAUCGUGUCUUCAGCGCCAUGCUUGCGGCCUUGACCACGGACGGUACUGUCUUUCAACAACUGCAUCAGAUUUUUAUCUGGCAAAAUAUGUGGGACCGAAUUCUACGUUAUUUGACCAAAUGCCUUGCGUAUUUUUACCUUCCAGUGAUUCUUAAAUUGAUGUUCAUCAUUGUGAACAAAGAAACCGUUGGAGGGGGGGAUGGGGAUGGUAGCCUAAGCGGGGGUGAUGACAGCGGCGGAGACUCCGUGGCAAAAUCGUUGUCUUUUUCUAAUUGCUUACCCGAGAGAACACUUGGCUUCGUUCUUCGUGAGAUCGUUAUACUAGUGGCGGUGUCUCCUUACUUGGAAAAAAAUGAAUGCGCUCAUGCAUUUUUUUUGAUCGAAAAAUGCUUUAGGCGGGCCCCGGCAUUGUGCACGGAUCACUUUGUUCGUCUCCUUGAUGUGUGUUCUGCUUAUCAUCGAGUUCGUAUUCGACACAUCAUGAACAAUGUCCGAGAGGGGCAUGAUUUCUCCACCUUGCUGAAUCUAUACUUAAGGUGCUUUGGCCAGUCCUCUAAGGUAUCUACUCUGGCAGCGUGGUAA